AUGAAUACGACUUCCGAAGUUCCUGGUUCAUCGCGCUCACCAUCGUAUGUUUUGCUAGUGUUUUCUCAGGCCUUAGCUUUUCUCAUCAUUGUAGGAAACUCUCUCGUGAUAACAACCUAUAGACGCAAUGCUUUUCUUCACACACGCACUAAUAUCUUUAUCGUGAGCCUGGUUGUUUCAGAUUUACUGGUCGGAGCUGUAUCCGUGCCGAUAUGGACUUAUCUCACGUUUGUUAAUUUCCAGAAUAUCCCGAUACAUUUGCUGGAGAUUUAUUUGUGUUUUGAUAUAUUUAGUGCCUUGGCCUCUAUCUUUCAUUUUACGGCGAUUGCUAUCGAACGUUGCUAUGUGAUUUCGAGGCCAUUUACCUACGGCACGUUAACGACUCGUGUGUACAAAAUCUUGAUAUCAACAGCAUGGCUUUCAGCAAUAAUCAUGGCGGCACUCUCGCAAAUGCAAAGAUCGAUAACGCUUAAAAGAGCAUAUACAGUCUUCGUUUUCACUGUCGGCUUCGUGUUACCAACUAUUUUGAUACUGACAAUGUACACAAAGAUCUUCCGAACUGCAAGUUCGCUGGUUCGUAGAACCCCAAGCUUGGACACGGCAGAAGCCGUUGCGUGCAAAGUCCGUGAAGAGCGAAAAGUUGCCUUGACCGUCAGCAUUUUAACAGGUUUGUUCCUCAUGGCCUGGACGCCUUUCUUUGUUCUUUCAAUGCUGGCUGAGUUCUGUGCAGGCUGUUUGCCUGAAGGGGACGGUAUGACUGCGUUAGUGAUAUUCGUAAAAUGGAUGCAUUAUUCAAACAGCGCAGUGAAUCCGUUGGUUUUUAUCGUCAGACACAGCGAAAUGCGGAAACGUGUUUUUAAGCUAUUCGGAAUC